AUGCCGAAAGAAAAAGAAGUCUCCACCCGGCUACUCCGCCCAACACUACCGCAUAUUGACUUGGAACAGGUCUUUUCCGUCGUCGAAAACUGGGAUCCAGCCUGGGAAAAUGACGCGAAUAUUCGGAUUUUUGACGAGGGCAUCGCACAAUACAUGCUCGUCGACGAACAAUCACACCUGAAAUUCUACGCGGCCCUAAUCCUGUCAAAACCGUCAUUGAGAUGUACGCUCGUCCAAGACGAACCUGAUGACGUCCUCGACAACGAAGCACACAACACAUUCGCAGUCUUCUACCGAAAUGGCAUCAGCCCGGUCGAGACGAAACAAAUCGACUACCUCCGCCAUACCCUCCAGAAACGCGGCUACCGCUUCAAUAGCAAUUUGAAUGUG